UUUAAUUUGGUUCAAGGGGAGGCGGGUAGGCCUAGAACAUGCUCUUUUGGAUCACAUUACUUCUUCUCAUACAUUAAAACAGGGAAAGUGUAAAUUUGAAUCGAUAUUUCUUCAUUUCUCCCCAGGUCUAUAUCAUGCUGAUAGCCUCUGCCCAUGCCCAUGUACCCCACAGAGACUGCAAGCUGCCACUUGAUGCCGAUUUCCCUCCGGUAGUGAAAGCCAGUAUGGGCAGCAGCGGGCAAAUUCGGAGCCUACGGAUUGAGAUGAGUAACCGCUCUCUGUCGCCUUGGGACUAUAUCAAUGACGAGGAUAACAACAGGUACCCCAGUAUCAUUUAUGAAGCUAAAUGCCGUCAUGCCGGCUGUCUGGACUCACAGGGUAACAUGGACCCAAGGGUAAAUUCCAUCCCCAUCAGUCAGGAAAUUCUGGUUCUGCGCCGGGAGAUGAUCGGCUGCACCCCAAGUUUCAGGCUGGAGAAGAAGAUGAUCACUGUUGGUUGUACCUGUGUGCGGCCCAUUGUCCACAAUCUUAUAGAAUGAGCCUUGAGAAAUGUUGCUGAUCAAACAUGACAUAUAUACAGUGUAGCAUUUUGUGUA